AUGAGUAAUACUUCAUCAAUAAAUUUUGCUUUCAUAAAUCAAACAAUUAAUCGUUAUGUUCCAAUUCCUCUUCUUUUGUUUGGUAUAAUUGGCAAUAUUUUAAAUAUCUUUGUCUUUACGCGUCAAGCCUUUCGUACUAAUAUUUGUGUCAUUUAUUUUUUGGCAUCAACUAUAUCGGAUUCAUUUUCUCUUGGUAUUGGCCUUGUUACUCGUCUUCUCACUGGAUUUAAUGUUGAUCCAACACAAUAUUCAAGUGGAUUUUGUAAAAUGAGAUUUUUCGUAACAUAUUAUUCGGCAUAUAGUGGUGCUUGGUUUAUAAGUUUAGCUUGUGUUGAACGAUAUCUUUGUUCAUCAAGAAAUGUUCAAAUACGUCAACUUGUAACAAUUAAACGUGCUUAUAUUUCUAUUAUUACCAUUUUAAUAGCAGGUUUUCUAGCAUUUGGUGAACAAAUUUAUUGUAUUGAUAUUAAUCAACAAUUACUAGGAGCACCACAACCAUGUUAUCAAUUAAAACGAAAUAUUGCAUGUCAAAUUGCGGAUAGUUUAUUACAAUUUCUUUUGGAAAUUCUAACACCAGCUAUAGUGAUGAUUGUAUUUGGUUCGUUAGUUUUACGAAAUGUUCCUCGAAAACAUUCUCGCAUUAAUCCAAUAAAACAACCAAAUACAUUUGCUUCAACAAUGGCAGUACCGGCAGUUAAUUCACUCAAUGCAGAACAACAACCACCACCACCACUAGUAAACAUAAAAAAUGGUUUAAAUAAUCAAUCAUUUUUAUCGACAAAUAUAAAUCGAACAGCACAAAAGCGCGAUGCACAAUUAACUAUACUAUUAAUUAUUCAAGUUACUUCUUUCAUUAUUUGUUCAUGUCCUGUUAGUAUGUAUAAAUUCUAUUCUGUAGCAACAGUUUAUACUAUAAAAUCUAGUUUACGUGAAUCAAUUGAAAAUACAAUUUACAAUGUCAGUGUGCAAGCGUUCUUUCUCAAUAAUGCAAUUAAAUUUUACAUUUACACAUUAUGUGGUGCCAUAUUUCGAAAAGAAUUGAUGAAAUUAUUUCGAUUAGCUUAA